GCAGCAGACCUGCUAAAUAAAACCCAGUGAAGGUGGCAGCCGCUGAGGCCCAGCAGAGAGCACCAUGAGCGGACAAGUCGGGGACCUGAGCCCACAGCAGCAGGAGGCUCUGACCAGGUUCCGGGAGAUCCUCCAGGAUGUGCUGCCCACCCUGCCCAAGGCUGACGACUUCUUCCUUCUGCGUUGGCUCCGAGCUCGGAACUUUGACCUUAAGAAAUCUGAGGACAUGCUCCGGAAGCAUGUGGAGUUCCGGAAUCAGCAGGACCUGGACCACAUCCUCACAUGGCAGCCACCAGAGGUGAUCCGACUCUAUGACUCUGGUGGCCUGUGUGGCUAUGACUACGAAGGCUGUCCUGUGUGGUUUGAUCUCAUUGGGACACUGGACCCCAAGGGGCUCUUUAUGUCAGCCUCCAAGCAGGACCUGAUCCGGAAGCGAAUCAAAGUCUGUGAGAUGCUUCUCCAUGAGUGUGAACUACAGAGUCAAAAGUUGGGCAGGAAGGUUGAGAGAAUGGUGAUGGUGUUCGAUAUGGAAGGCCUGAGCCUGAGGCACUUAUGGAAGCCAGCGGUGGAGGUCUACCAGCAGUUUUUUGCCAUCUUGGAAGCAAAUUAUCCUGAGACAGUGAAAAAUUUAAUUGUUAUUCGAGCGCCCAAGCUUUUCCCUGUGGCCUUCAACCUGGUCAAGUCAUUCAUAGGAGAGGUGACACAAAAGAAGAUAGUGAUUCUGGGAGGUAACUGGAAACAAGAGCUUCUCAAGUUUAUGAGCCCUGACCAGCUGCCUGUGGAAUUUGGGGGGACUAUGACUGAUCCUGAUGGUAACCCCAAGUGCCUGACCAAGAUCAACUACGGGGGCGACGUGCCCAAGCACUAUCACCUGAGCAGUCAGGAGAGGCCACAGUAUGAGCACAAUGUGGUUGUGGGCCGAGGCUCCUCCCACCAGGUGGAGAAUGAGAUCCUGUUCCCAGGCUGUGUGCUCAGGUGGCAGUUUGCAUCAGAUGGUGGAGACAUCGGCUUCGGGAUUUUCCUGAAGACCAGGAUGGGGGAGCGGCAGAAGGCUGGAGAGAUGACAGAGGUGCUGCCCAAUCAGCGCUACAACAGCCACAUGGUGCCCGAGGAUGGGAGCCUCACCUGCCUCAAGACUGGAGUCUAUGUCCUGCGCUUUGACAACACCUACAGCCUCCUGCACACCAAGAAAGUCGGCUACACCGCAGAAGUGCUUCUUCCAGACAAGGCCUGUGAGGAGAAGUUGCAGGGCUUUGUGUCAACGGGCCCUCCUCAGGACAGUGGACACUCUGGCCACCACUGACCCUGCUCCUUCACUUACCCCUCCCUUCCCCUCGCACCCCAGGCAGGGUGAUGCUGACGAUGGGCUAUAGAGAUCUCCAACCCUUGUGUCCCUCUCAGCCUCCCUUGGGACCCCUCAGACACAGACCAGCAUUUUCAUCCCCAGUACCCAAAGAAUGGGGCAGAGGGUGACAUCACAUGACUGAGAAAGGACCCUGGCCCUUGUUCUCAUUCUCCUGAAGACACCCGCCCACCCAGGAUUCAGUCAUGCCUGGUAUCCCAGCGUGUCCCGCUCCCCACAGGAAGCUACAGGAUGGCUUCUCUCCAAUUGGAGGUCAGCAAGGAUGGGAAGGGCCAGCUGGAGGCGGCUGGGCAGGCUGUGAAGGGGGAGCGGCCCCAGCUCCAGCAGAGCAUCAAGACCUUUCUCAAUCCUGCCUCCUUUGGAAGGAACAGCACCCGUGGAGAGGCAGGGCAUGUGGGGGAACCAUCAGAGGAAAAACCGUGCUCAACUUUACAAGGUUGAACAGGUUGCUGAGUCUAGUGAAGACACACACACACACACACACACACACACACACACACACGUAUACAUGCACCUCCCGCACAUGCACACACCUGGGAUCCUGCUGCUACUCAAUUUUGACAUUUCCCCUCUCUUAAGGCAACACCCAGGCAAAGCCACUGCGUAGCCCAGGGUGGCCUUGAAUUCGUCUGCCUUCUUCAGUGCCUUGAAUGCUAGUGUAACAGACAGGCACCACUAUGCCCGGCCCUGGGGCGACUCAGAACCAAAGCUAAGCAGCAGGGUGGUACUGGCACAGGGUGCAUCACUCUGGGGAUUCAUCCUGGCCUGUAACUUGCUUCUUGGAGAACUUUCCAGGUUUCCAUCCAUCUGCAUGUCUAAGGAGAGAGUUGAAAGAAAGCUGCCAGCAUUGCUUCUCCGUGUGACCCAGGAGGUGAUAGCUUCUGCACGUGGUAUCUCAAAGGCUGGCCCUCGUGGCAUACACGAGUCAGACAGCCCACCAUUGCUCCGUUGGGUGUACUGAACCAAACAGCAGGUGCUGCUGACCUUGGUCCAAUACGCCUCUGUGGAUUGUCCCAGACAGGCCAUGACCUGCGACCUAGGAGCUUAGGCUGUCCUGCACUGCUCCCUCCUGGGCCUCUGGCUGGGACGGAAGACCUGUGUCCCAUGCAGGGUGGCUCGGACACUGGCUUAGGUUAUUGAUGUUGCCUUCUUUGCUUGAUUUUCUGUGCUGCUGGGCAAAAUGCCCUGGAAUUGAUGAUCAGAUAGAUGUUCCUGGAAAGGGAGUCCUUACUUCAAAGUGCCAUCAGCCUAGAAGCCUUAGCAGACACCACUUUGUCUAGGCACCUUGCAAGCCAGAAGUCAGACCCUGCCCUUUCCUGCUUCCAGAUCCCAUCUUCCAUUUUCUCUGCUUGCUAGACGUCUUCAUUACGGAAGACAUUUUAAUGGAGAAAAACCAGUAAACCUUGAGGAUGAGGGAGCUCUUCCGGGUAGCCCCUAGGUACUGUAUCUGGACCAGGUGAACCUUUCACAGUCAAAGUUUAGAGUCUGAACGGGGAGCUAAAUGCCAAGAGGCAGUGCCAGGAGAAAUUCCUGCCUAAGACCAGCUUAAGCAGAUUG